UUAUAAACCCCGCUCCAUUCUUCCCAGUUUCACAAACUUUUCUUCUCCUUCAACAUUCUCUCUUAAUUUUGCAGAGAAAAGUCCCUCAAAUGCCAAUUCCACUAUCCCUCUUUCUCCUUAUAUGGCCUCUCCUUCAGGCUCCCAUCUUCAUUUUCUCGUCCCCUGUUCAAGACUCCGACCAAGCCGCCCAACUAGUCGAUGAGAGCAUCAUGAAUGCUACAAUGGCUAGGAGGGGCUUGGGAUUUCUCUCCUGCGGAACCGGAAACCCCAUCGAUGACUGCUGGCGAUGUGACCCUCAUUGGGAGAAGAACCGUCGGAGGCUAGCUGAUUGCGCCAUUGGGUUCGGUAAGAAUGCCAUCGGUGGCAGGGAUGGGAAAAUAUACGUAGUCAUGGACCCUAGUGACCGUGACCCCAUCAACCCCAAACCCGGGACUAUUAGGCAUGCUGCUAUCCAAACCGAACCCUUAUGGAUCGUUUUUGCGCAUGACAUGGUUAUUAAAUUGAAGCAAGAAUUGCUAAUGAGCUCAUACAAGACCAUCGAUGGUCGAGGCGCCAACGUUCACAUCGCCGGUGGUCCGUGCAUUACUGUACAAUCCGUGAGCAACAUCAUAAUCCACGGUAUUAACAUACGCGGUUGCAAGAGAGGAGGGAAUGCUUAUGUGAGAGACUCUCCUAACCAUUAUGGUUGGAGGAUAAUAUCAGACGGUGAUGCUGUGCUGAUAUCCAGAAGCAGCCACAUUUGGGUCGACCAUUGCUCGUUGUCGAAUAGUACAAACGGGCUGGUCAAUGCCAUCCAAGGAUCCACGGCCAUCACCAUUUCCAGCAAUUACAUGACUCAUCAUAACAAGGUAGUGCUCUUGGGCCACGGCGACUCUUACGAGCAGGACAAUAACAUGCAAGUCACCAUUGCCUUCAAUCACUUUGGAGAAGGACUUGUCCAAGGAAUGCCUAGAUGCAGGCAUGGAUAUUUUCAUGUUGUGAACAAUGAUUACACGCACUGGGAAAUGUACGCGAUUGGUGGGAGUGCUAAUCCGACAAUCAACAGUGAGGGGAAUAGGUUUCUUGCACCGGAUAAUUCAAACAACAAAGAGGUGACUAAACGCAUAGAUGCGUCGGAGAAUGGAUGGAGGUCAUGGAAUUGGAGGUCAGAGGGGGAUUUGAUGUUGAAUGGAGCAUUCUUCAGGGCAUCAGGCAAAGGGACCUCUUCGAGUUACGCCAAGGCAUCGAGCCUGAGUGCGAGGCCAUCGUCAAUAGUGAGCGAGCUCACUGGAGAUGCCGGUGUACUCGUCUGCAAGAAGGGGUCGCGUUGCUAGGCAUUGGGGGAGUAAUGGUCGGGUAACAGUGGAAUGAAGUACAAAAAUAAGGUGAAAUUUGUGACAAAAAUAAAACAGGAUUUAUUUUAUGUUUGUGUAAGUUGGGUCAGUGUUGAUAUUUUGAAUUGAAGCAGUGA